UUUGUAAACCAGUAAAGUAUCAUGCUGGAUUGUUAAAUUAUAUUGAUGUAUCAGCUUUGGAUUUACAUGGUAAAAAAAAACAAACAAAACAGACAACUACCUUUUUUGAAUUCAUGAAUGCAAAGCAAGGUGUUCUUCUUUGUACAGAUGUUGCUGCUCAUGGACUAGACAUUCCAGCUGUAGACUGGAUUAUUCAAUAUGAUCCACCACAUGAUUAUAUUCAUCAUGUGGGAAGAACAGCUCGUGCUGGUGGUGAAGGAAAAAGCUUGUUAUUUUUAUUAACAAGUGAACUUGGAUUUUUACAUUAUCUUAAGCAAGCAAAAGUUCCAUUAAAUGAAUACCAAUUUCCUGCCAAUAAAAUUGCCAAUGUUCAAUCACAGACUAUUUUCAAUCUUAAUAAUUUGGAUCUUCAAAAAGUUGGCAAAUCAUUUGGUUUUCAAGUACCACCUAAAGUAAAUAUUAACAUUGGAUCUAGUGGAAGAGAAUCUAAAAUUA